AUCUAUUGAUAACCCGACUCAAGAACAUAUGGAAAACUUUGUUGAUAUUAAUCGACUAAACGAAUUUCCGAAAAAACUUCAAGCUACAGACAAUACGGAAUUCAAGAAAUUGGUUAAAAAUAUAUAUUGGCGUCGCCUGUGGUUUGGAGUUGAGGAGAAAGUCAAUGGAAGAAGAGCUAGUUGUUGUUUUUCCGAGCGGUAA